AUGGCGCCCAUCAUAACGUCGACAGGCCAGACACGGUCGCGGCUGCCCCCCAAGUGGAUGCAGAAUGCUACUAUAAAGGCAUCCGCCGCUGCCACAGUCAAUCAUGUCGACCAUGACGCCCUAGCACACCAGAGACCUGUGCGAUGGUCCACCCAUACGCUGGCCGCCGACCACAACGACACGAUACGCAGUUGUGCCGACUCCACCACCUCGACAUAUGUCGCCGACACGUUUGCGCAUCGAGGUAAGGGCCGCAUCAGCGAUGUGACAUUUGUUAACUCCUCGGAAGAUGCUGCAUCCGCCGACCUCACCAGGUCAGACAGCCACAACUCGAGUUUCAACGACCUCUCCCUCACCUUGAACGACGAUGAUGAUAUCUCCCAAUUCUCCGACUUUACGAAAUGUAAGCCGACUGUACCAGAGGACGCAGAGCCGAUACCGCCCGUCACCCACGAUAUACACGUCCACUUGCUGGACAGUGACGACGACGACAUGGCUCGGAGGAUCGACCAACUCAUGGCAGCAACCAUGGAAGCACUCGAGGCUUCCAACCGACUCGUCCUCGAUACACUUUCUACUCGAGCAAAGCUCGCGCAGUUCAAUGCGAUGGAAGCUGCGCUCGACUCUCAACUCGAUGCUAGAGAAGCCCACCUCCUCCGCCAAAUCCAAGCCGUCACCGACAUGACCGACUUCGUCUCGAAGACAUCCGCGCAAUUGCAAGACCUCACAUCGCCUUUCCUUAGACUGCGUGUCUCCGGAGGUGCCGCAUCAGCUGGACAGCCCAGUACGCUGGCUGAUACAGCUGAGCUUCAGGUUCGAGACGCAGCAGCAACGGGCAUCGUCCAGGCGCUCGAUCGGGACGCCACCAUUGGAAAGACAGCGGCAAAGCGACUGGAACCAAAACACAGGCAGCACAGCAACUUCGCCGGGCACUAUAUCCAGUAG